AUGACCACAGAAGAUCUUCUUUCUCCAAACCAACUGGUUAAAGACAGAUGGAAAGUGUUAAAGAAGAUUGGUGGGGGUGGUUUUGGAGAGAUUUACGAGGCAACAGAUUUAGUUAAUAAAGAAUGUGUUGCUUUAAAAUUAGAAUCAGCCAAACAACCAAAACAAGUAUUAAAAAUGGAGGUAGCUGUCUUGAAGAAAUUACAAGGAAAAGAUCAUGUCUGUAGAUUUAUUGGUUGUGGAAGAAAUGAGAAAUAUAAUUAUGUGGUCAUGUCACUGCAGGGUAAAAAUCUAGCAGAAUUAAGGCGUGGGCAACCUAAGGGUUGUUUUGGUCUGAGUACUACAUUAAGAUUAGGUUCUCAGAUAUUGAAAGCUAUUGAAUCAAUACAUGAUGUGGGCUUUCUACAUAGAGAUAUAAAACCAUCUAAUUUUUCUAUGGGUAAGCCACCAAGCAAUAGUCGUAAGGUAUAUAUGUUAGAUUUUGGGCUAGCUAGACAGUAUACCAAUGCUUCUGGUGAGGUUAGACCACCGAGAGCAGCUGCUGGUUUUAGAGGAACUGUCAGAUAUGCUUCAGUUAAUGCUCACAAAAACAAGGAAAUGGGUCGUCAUGAUGAUUUAUGGUCUCUGUUUUAUAUGCUAGUAGAAUUUAUAGUGGGUCAGUUGCCAUGGAGGAAAAUUAAAGACAAAGAACAAGUUGGUUUAAUGAAAGAAAAAUAUGAUCAUAUCCAACUAUUGAAAAACAUGCCAUCAGAAUUUCGUGCCAUAUUGGAACAUAUACAGAAAUUAGAAUAUUAUGACAAACCAGAUUAUAAUAUGUUACAUAAUUUAUUUGAACAAUGUAUGAGAAGAAAGAAUAUUAAAGACUCAGAUGCGUAUGAUUGGGAGAAGAACUAUGGUGAUACAUCUAUUACUUUAACUACUACAUCUCAACCUGUAGCCAUCAAACAAACAGUUGGGCCUCUUGGGUAG